AUGAGUCACGUCGAUCCAUCCUUCGACCCGCACCGGGUCCCAUAUCCACCGCCUCCGAACCACAUGAACGGAGGCAACCCAGUGGUACUCGGACAUGGCACCGGAUACCCGCCCCCACCACCGCCGUCCCACUACGGUCUGCCACCGCCGCCUCCGCCCCAUCACGUGGUGGGCAAUGGGCCUCACGGCUACAUGAACCACGGCGCCUACGGCCAACCGAACUACCCAACAAUACCCCUUCAAUACGCUCCGCCUAAUCAUAAACUUGAGAACAAGCUGCAUGAUGGAGCGCCCAGCUCAAAUGUGGGUGACAAGGCUGGCCACGAUGGGCCCUACGGGAAGCCGCCCACUGGCUGGGAACAACAACAACAACAACAGCAGCAACCACCACCACUGCCACCAGCGCCUGAAUCGGCGCAGGAGAAGCAUCGCAUCACGCCAGAUCGCCGGACACAGGGUCGAUCGCCUGGUCUGAGCGACCAGUCUGCCCACCACAUGAACGGACCGAAUGGCAUGAGUGCCCAGGGAAUGCCGCCCUCGAUGCCGCCAGCCCCUUACCCUGGCGGUCANAGAAGCAUCGCGUCACGCCAGAUCGCCGGACACAGGGUCGAUCGCCUGGUCUGA